GCAAGACGAAAAUGACGACCCUCUACGAGGAUUUCACACAGUGUCAGGGAAAGUGGCAGAACUCGUAUAUUAUGAAGACGAUCAGGCAGAAGCACAAGAAUGGAAAGCGAGCCGCCAGACGCUGGCUCACCAAAGCCCAGCUAAAGACCCACUUCAAUGAUGAUAGUGUGGUAGAUGCCAUCGUUAUCAGGAAGGAAACGGAUAAAGAAAUUGCAGCAAAAGAAAUCCGAGACCACCCCGACCUGCCAGGCCUCAAGCAAUUCCUUGUUUUGAUCGAAGACGAGGAGGUGGAUGAAAGCACUGACGAAAUCGAAGAGCUUUUCCGCACGCACGAAAAUCAAAACAGCGAUUCCAGCUCGGAUGGCUCGCAGGAUGGAAGCGAUGAUGAUUCCAGCAGCAGUGCCUCUGCAAAGAAAAAGAAGGAUAAGAAGCAGAAGAAGGAAAAGAAGAGCAAGAAAGACAAAAGCAAGAAGCCUAAGAAGAAGGGCAAGGGCAAGCCGAGGAAGGGGAAGCCGAGACUCAACAAAACGGAGACACAGGAGGACUUGGACAAGGAGCAAAGCCGCAAGGUCAUCAACAUCCUGAACCGCAAGAUCAAAGAUGCAACCUCAAAGGCCAAGUCCAGGGAAGUCAGCUCGUUGAACGAGAUUGUCCGGGAGGCCUUGAAGAAGGACCUCCAGGCUGUCGUGAAGAAGCUGACCUCAGCCCGUACCCAGUUGCAGUCUGCUUUGGACUCGGAUGACCGGAUCUCCCAGAAGACGACGGCUGCCAAGGAGAUUUUGGACCAAGCCGAGGGAUCUUACAGUUGGGGUCAAGAAGAAGACUGA